GGUUUUGAAAACAUUUAGUGUAGGUUGAACCGUUAACUAAGCCCUCCCCAGAAUUGGUGAAAUCCUCUCCGUCGCCGUCUCCUCGGAAUCCCUCGUGUUCCCCCAUUUCACCGCCUCGCCAUCUUCAGCUCCCCCAAAUCCAUCCUCAAAUUGUUCUCGGUCUAGAUAGUUGCAGUUAUGUCAUCAGAGAAGGAAGCUUCAAGCUCCAAAGAGAAACGCAGACUAUCGUGCACUGCUCACUUUGAUGCCCUCUGGUUCUGCUACUCCCCGGUUCAUCAAAUGCAACAGUAUUACAGGCUUGGUGUUCUUGAUAACUGUUCUGGUAAAUGGAAAGCAAUGGUUGACUGCUUAAUGCUCAAGACCAAACCCAGUUCUCAAGUCGAGGAAAUCCUCGAAGCUCAAGAGAAAUCAAAGCCACACAUAUGGAGUUUCAGAACACGGUAUGAAGCUUCACAAUACUGGCGAAGACGAUAUGGUCAUUUAGACAGGCCUGAAUGAGGAAAAUCCUUGUGUGCAGAUGAAUGCGUUUUGCAUUCUGAUUUUAUUCGUGUUUUAGAGAAAGAGAUUUUAGUGACCAAAUAAAGUUUAUAUCAAAUUGAAGAUGCCAGAAAGCUAGAUUUUCAUUACUUUUUUGUGGAACUUUCACAUUGAAUUUUGCAUUGAGAAGACUUAGUGUGUGUUUGAAUUGGCGGUGGAUAUAGUUUUUUUUUUGAUAGAAUUGAUAUUUGAUUUAUGAUUGGAUAUAUUUAUGUAAAAGAGAGUUGAAUAAUAAAUUUCAGUGUAAAAAUCAUGUUUAAAUUCAGAA